AAGUUCCACACCCAUUACUGGAGCCAUAUAAGAGUUGCUGCAAAACAGCUGUUGAGAAGAAUAAGCAUCACCAACCAACAAACCACUUAAAGAGAAUCACCAGAGAAGACUGACUCAAAAUGGACCUUGAUGACGCGUUGAAGGCACACGGGUGCGUGGAGUCGGUUCCUGAUGUGAAGAAGGGACAGCAGGACGCUGGUGUCUGCAACUCGUCUGACUCAGACAGUGAUGGGGGCGGAAAGGGAAAGGGAGAACACAAGAAUAAGGACAAGGGGAAGGGUAAAGGACACGACCACAAAGGACAUGGACAUGGACAUGGACAUGGGCGAGGGCAAGGACAAGGACAAGGAGGAGAACGUGGAGGCAGAGGGAGACAUUAGUUCCAGCUCCAGCUCGUUAGACAGCGAUGGGGAAGGAAAGCGUGAACCUGGACUCAAGGCAAAGAAGGACAAAGACAAAAUAAAGAAAAGAAUGAAAAGCAAGUCGAACCCUUUCAGUGCAAAGCUUAACCCAGCUGAUAGUCGACCUGCAGAAACAGCAUUUUGUAAUGUUGAAUUUAAACAGUUCAAUGAUGCACACUUGAAUGCUCUGUAUGCCAUCAUUUUCCUUUCUUUUUUGAACUUGUUGAUUUUUUAAUGAUGUUCUCUUAGUUUAUGGUAUCCGACCUGCGCUCCAUUUCUAUCUUGUGAUUUGUUUCUCUAAUAAAGUCUUGGGGAAACACUUA